CCAGGCCAGCUCCUCUGGCAGCAGAGGGGGGCAGGUGACAGGCAGGCAUCGCAGCUGAGGGAGUGAGGAAGCGCCUGGGAAGCGGAGCUGGAAACCUGGGAGAGGUCCAGCCAGAGCCCAAUUGCCUGAGCUACCCCUCGAUCUGUCCACCAUGGGGGAGAUGGAGCAGCUGAGGCAGGAAGCGGAGCAGCUCAAGAAGCAGAUUGCUGAUGCCAGGAAAGCUUGUGCGGACACUACCCUGGCUGAGCUGGUGUCUGGCCUAGAAGUAGUGGGACGAGUCCAGAUGCGGACACGAAGGACAUUAAGGGGGCACCUGGCCAAGAUCUAUGCCAUGCACUGGGCCACUGACUCUAAGCUGCUGGUAAGUGCUUCACAGGAUGGGAAGCUGAUCGUGUGGGACACCUACACCACCAACAAGGUGCAUGCCAUCCCAUUGCGUUCCUCCUGGGUCAUGACCUGUGCCUACGCACCAUCAGGGAACUUUGUGGCAUGUGGGGGCCUGGACAACAUGUGUUCCAUCUAUAGCCUCAAAUCCCGUGAGGGCAAUGUCAAAGUCAGCCGGGAGCUCUCUGCUCACACAGUCAGGGCAUUGUCCUUCAAACCACCUCCAGGUUAUCUCUCCUGUUGCCGUUUCCUGGAUGACAACAACAUUGUGACCAGCUCUGGGGACACCACGUGUGCCUUGUGGGACAUUGAGACAGGGCAGCAGAAGACCGUGUUUAUUGGACACACUGGUGACUGCAUGAGCCUGGCUGUGUCUCCAGACUACAAACUCUUUAUUUCUGGGGCUUGUGAUGCCAGCGCCAAGCUCUGGGAUGUGCGGGAGGGGACCUGCCGUCAGACUUUUACUGGCCAUGAAUCAGACAUCAACGCUAUCUGUUUCUUCCCCAAUGGAGAGGCCAUCUGCACUGGCUCAGAUGAUGCCUCCUGUCGCCUGUUUGACCUGAGGGCAGACCAGGAACUGACUGCCUAUUCCCAUGAGAGCGUCAUCUGUGGCAUCACAUCAGUAGCCUUCUCGCUGAGUGGUCGCCUGCUCUUUGCAGGCUAUGAUGACUUCAACUGCAAUAUCUGGGACUCCAUGAAGUGCGAGCGUGUGGGCAUCCUCUCAGGCCACGACAACAGAGUCAGCUGCCUGGGGGUCACAGCAGAUGGGAUGGCUGUGGCUACUGGCUCCUGGGACAGCUUCCUCAAGAUCUGGAACUGAGGAGGCUGGAGGAAGAGAGGCGGAAAGCCAUGAAGACUCUCACCUACUCCCUCCCAUGCCCCCAUCUCAUUAGGGUCUGUCUUCUACAUUGCAAGGGCCAUUCCCAGUAAGCUUCCUCAGAGAGCUUCUCCCUUUGAGAGCAGUGAGGACUAUGGGAAUGUGACUUUGGAAGCAUCGGGGACACAAGGGCAAAGAAAUGCCCCGUUUCUGCCCAUGACCUCCCCUUUCCAUAGUCCUUAGUCUCUCCCUUAAUAAGCAAGAACAGACCCUUCCCCAGUCCUAGGAGUCAAUCCCUGGGAUAAAGUAGUCUUUGCCUACACACUAGGCUCCUGGCCCCUUUUCCUUCCUGCUUUCUCCUUUUCUUCCCUUUUCUUUUGCCUAAUGCACCUAAUAAAGUGUAGCAUCCUAUUACCUCUGUGAUGUCUGACU